AUGAGCCCGCCCAUUCGCUUCUGUACUAUCUGCGGAUGGGUUAUUUACGACGACGAGGGGUUUACUUCGUGGCUGAAUCAGUUCCGUGGCUUGUGCUCCUCCCCAGAAGGUAUCAUCUUGACCGGAGUCGGUCGUUGCACCAAUCCGCGCCGCGGGGCCUUCAUCGCCCCCCCAGACCCCAACGCGCGGUGGGACGACGCCGGUUAUGACGAUCCAGACGAGGACGAGUUUGCCGUUAUGGGCUCCUCGGAUAUCAACGGAAAUCGUGGCUUUGUUUUCCACGAUGCAUGCUGGUCUCUUUUAGAACAAGCAUAUCAUCCUGCUCCGGUCCCGCGCGAAAGGCUUUUUGAAGUCUGCGACUCGCUUCCGCUCGUUAUGGGAAGGCAUAGUCUCAACUGGGGCCACAACUAUGGGGGGGCUGCCGUCAUCGAGGACAAAGAUUAUUUCCCUUGGGAAGACCGGGUUAUAGACCGAGACGUCCAGGAGAGCUGGUUCGACAGUCCGUAUUACGCCGAUCCACUCGCGGCCGCCGACGUUAAUAACCUUCUGGCUGACACUUUGCAUGGGCGUUCCGACCCUGAGAAUCCGUUUUUGCCCAUGAGGCCGAUCAGGCGAACCGGACAAGACCCAUUUAACUCGCUUCCUGUGGAGUUGUGCUCUGCUGUUGCGGAAUAUCAGGCGACCUCGGAUGUGCUGAACGCUCGGCAUGCAUCGAAGUCAUUCUGGCAUGUGUUCCAUGACCAGCAGUUUUGGGCAUCGCGGUUUUGGGGAGGCUUAGAUCGCUCGUGGUUGUUUGAGGUUCGAGAUAACAACAUCGCGGGCAGAGACUGGCGUUCCCUGUACCAUCGCACGGCCGACAGCCAUAUCGGACAGCGUCUCCGGAACAGAAAGCGAAUAUGGGCCCUGAUUCAGCACGCUACAGCCAUCUUGGAGUUGCAUUGGGGUGAACAUCCUUCCGAGCCCCUCCCAGAGGGGUGCCGAGAUUGGGUGCUUGCGGCCGGGAGUAUGCCGGAUCAACAGCCCAAGAGCUUCUGCCAGUCAGAGAAGGCUUCUCGGGGAGUUCGAAGUAAACAAGUGGCUAUCCCGGAUGGCAUAUCACAAGUUUCCGCAUCGACUAUCCGUCUUGGCGACUCAGGAUAUAUUUCCGGGAUAAAAUUGAGCACUCCAUCCGGAGAAGCUGUACGACUAGGCUAUAGUAACGGCCGAUGGUAUUCUUCGGAAAUUUCCGGGCUGGCGGGCUUCAACCUCGCCGUCGGGUCAGGUGGUAUCCACGCCCUCCAGUGCAUUGAUGGCAGGACCGGGAAGCCUUCGGCCUGGCUCGGGUGCCCAGAUGACGUGCCCCAGACCGAACGGCUCGCGCUGGGACACCGGAUCACAGCAUUGGAUGUUGGAUUUGAUGCGUUUAGAAUUGUCAGUAUUGCAGUUGCCCGAGAGACGAAUACGGCAAAAGAAGACCAAGAGGGAACGCUGAGAAGCGCGGCAAUAUGGUAUCCAGACGUCCCAUCACCGGGCCUUGAUCUAAACGAAGACUUUUUUGGGCCACUGAAAUCGUACACAUGGGGAUACAAGCCAGUCUUCUGGACUUGCUUUGGGGGUCCCGGUGGGGCCUACCUCCAAAGCCUCACCGAGGUCGCGGUCAAGAUGUAUGAUGUCGUCUUCUGUAUCCAUUUCUCCUUCGACAAAGAAAUGCCGCUCGGGUGCCGGAGAUUCGGUCUGAGUAACCUUCCGGAGGAGAAACCAACCGUCACAUUCCAUAUCGACGGGCCCGGCGGCGAAGUCAUUGACAAAGUUGAGGUCUGCCAGCAGUUCCCCGCCGAGAGUCAAUCCGAUGCUGGCUGGUUUAGCGAAGAAGGGAUAUUGGUCUGGUUCAAGAUGGGCACGAACCGCGGAAGGACAUGUGAAUCUGGCAGGAGGCCCGAAUCGAGGAGCAAGCGUAGUGUGGUAAGGAAGAUGUCGGCCGCGCCGGGGGCCGCAAUUGUCGGCUUUUUUGGCGCUCGGCCAAAUAGAAAGGGAGAGGCACCAAACAGCGUCUUAAACUUGACGAGCUUCAUCCACCUUGUCCUUUGGUUCCUCCACCGGCUUAAACUGGACGAUCACGUCCACCAUGAGCGCCUUCCGGUUGCUGCCGAUAACAGGCAUCCAACGAUAUUCCUCAGCCCCACGAUGGUGUCGUGCCUGCAUCAUUCGAACAAUCUUCCUCGUUUCCAUGUCCUCAAAGUCAAAGGACAGCAACCCAUAUUUCUCUGCAUCCUGUUCUGGCAGUACCGUGAGGAAAGGACCAGCCACGAUCCUCGCGUGAUCAUCAAGCCGGUGCUUUUCCAGACAGUAAACCUUGCCAACCCAGGGGGAGGCACUAGCCCCGUUAAACCAGAAGGGUCUGCCAGGUUCCUGGGGGUCUGGUUGGACUGGAAACUCAACUGGAAGGCUCACCUGGUGGCGGUGGAGAAGAAGCUGAGGACCCAGAGCUAUUCCCUGUCGAGGAUCGUGGCAAAGACGUGGGGAAUGGGGCUAGCCAAAGCGCGAGAAGUGUACACAAAGUGCAUCCGGUCGGCGCUGGCCUAUGGCGCAUCAUCGUUUCACAUCCCCACGGAUGUGGGAGGCGAGCCGGUAAAGAAAGGCAUCACUAAGGCCCUCGGGAAGGCCCAGAACAAGAGCCUGCGGAUUGUGGCGGGAGCCUUUAAGUCUACCCCAAUCCGUAACCUCGAGACAGAGACGUGGGUCCCACCAUUGGACUUGUACCUAAAAAAACGGCUUGCCGAUUUCGAAAACCGACUCCAACGACCCGAUCUGGACGACGGUCGAGGCGGCAAGAAGACGGCGGCGAGCGUUGUCCUCACCGCUUGCCGCAAGAUUCAGCAGAGACUCAGCUCGAGGAGGGGCAACAGGGGCCGACCGCGAACCUUGGGACCUCAAGGGCCUACGGCGGUGGAGAGAGCCGCGGGCACGGUCAUGCGCUGGACGGGGGGAACCGUUGAUACGAACAGGGUAGUAGAAGAGGCUUGGAAAGCCAGGUGGUUAAAGGAACGGGACGGCAGGGCAAUCACCAGGCCGGCGGACGACUUUGACCAUCAGCAGGAGACGCUAUUCCGGAACGAAACCCUAAGGAGGCACGACGGUCUCAGCAAGGCAAAGAGCUCACUGCUGAUUCAAAUCCGGACGGGAGCGAUAGGCUUACGGGACUUCUUGUUUACACGGGGAGUCCCGGAGGUUCUGACUCCUGCCUGCGAGUGUGGCGAGGGACGAGAGACUGCCGAACACCUGGUAGUGUGGUGUUUGGCCCCACCGUUGACUAGAAGAUGGGAGAGAACUGGAAUUCGGACACGACGGGACUUUUACACUGUUCUACACGGCAUCAAUCCCACGACUGCACGGCUCGCGAGGAGAGUCCUCGACUGGCUGACGGACUCGGGGAAGCUGCCGAUGUACAACUUAGCCAGGAGGCUCGAGCUGGAAGCGGCGGCCUGA